CUCGGCUACAUCGUGAACUGCACGCGAGGACUGGGUAGGGUCCACGGUCCACGCCAAUACAUGGGUGGCUUGCUAGAUUAUGACACGCGCCAACGACAUGUAUGCUGGCGCCGGGAUCGAUGCGGUGAUGCGUCAUGGCUGCUGCAGCGGGAAUCGGCUACGGGGAGGCGUCCGCUAGUGCAAAUGCCGCGCUCGUUGUUCUCAGGCGCGAUUUCAGGCACUCACGCUCAUCCGUGGCGGAUCGGAGCGCAAUGGACCCGUUUCCUAGAGCAGCAGUGAUGCUUUCUCAAGACUCUCGGAUGACGGCAAAUCAGGACUGGGGUGCCACCUGCAACCACAGCUGACGUCUGGCUUGAUGGCGUUUCGAAAUCACGGCAGUGCCCCCAAAUAUGAAGAAGCAAGAACCGUGACGCACGUCCAAGCUUUUGCUACCGUCAUUUCGACACCGUACCACUGUUCCAAGGACAGCGGUCAU